AAAAUGGCAACACCUGUAAGUCGCCAUUACCAAACGUCCAACUCCGUACGUUUUAUGUCGGAUGUUAUGUGAAUUUUUGUACACUACGGACAUUUUUGACAUUAUUUGGUGACUCUCAUAUUUGUAAGACUCAGUGUAGUGAAACCGAUGUGAUUCCUUUCGUAAUUGCUGUGAUUAAAGACUUCAAUAAGUGUUUUAGGUCUUAAAAUCCCGGCCAAUGUCAGCAGGCGUGUCAGAUCAGCGGAUGAAAGGGCAAGGGAAUCAAGUUACAAAUGCACCGAAAGAACAACAUUUAGAAAGCGGCGGUGACGAGUUAGCUGAGGUACCAUGGCGGCAUCAACAGCAACCUUCUUAUGCGCCUCCUAUCUCGUCGGCCGACCCCUACAGCGCGGCAGGUUAUUACGGUACAACAGCACUUCCUUAUCAAGCUUUUGGAGUCGGGGAUGGGACAUGGUCCACAAAUGGAACAGACCCGAUGACUUUCCUCGGAGGAUACAAUCCUCACGAUUCUUAUGGAAUGGAUGGUAGUGUGUUUGGACCUUCAACUACUCCAUUCUCAACAGCGGCAUUUGGACAACCUGCCUCCACCUUCAACUAUUUUCACGGCAACGGUGACUAUUCGACAUGGGGUCAGUUAGGUCGUGCAAAACAAUAUGAUGAUUACUAUAGGGCUGAUGGACUUUACGUGCCAGAUGGUGUUAAAACAGUUGAAGCUGGGGUACAAGCCCUGUCCCUUGGUGACCACAAACAGGACAAGGACCGUCAACCAGAGCUCAAAGAUAUCUCUUCAGUUUCACAACCCAAAAAGAUGACUUGGGCGUCAAUUGCCAGUCAGCCGGCAAAGCCGGCGCCUUCUUCGCAGAGCGGCGUAAUAAAGAAGAAAGGGCCUGGUAUGCCGCCCCCACCUAUAAUACCCGGCAAGCACAAUAUGGAUAUAAGCACGUGGGAGGCAGGUAAAUCUGCUAAUAUCGUAAGUGCACCACCACCGCUGCCUCCAACUAUGCAACCCCCGGUGCCGGCACAACAGCCUAUGCCUACACCUGCUCCGGUUCCAGCUCCAGUAUCUGUUCCAAUCCAGCAGCGCGGGCCGCCGCCUCCGCAACACCAGCCUCCACCUUCAUGGGCCCAUGCACCUCGUGCUCCACCUCCGCAUCAACCCAUGCAGCCUCAUCAGCCGCGCCCUCCGAUGCCAGCCCCACCAAUCGUCUCGCAACCACCACCACCAGUUGCUGUUCCACAAGUACCUCAUCCUGUGCUUGAUGAACUCCGUAUUAAAAACGAUUACAAUCCCAAGGAGUUUGACUUGACUGCCCCGAUGACUCGAUUCUUUGUUAUUAAAUCUUAUUCAGAAGAUGACAUACAUCGUAGUAUCAAAUACGAGAUCUGGUGCAGCACAGAACAUGGUAACAAACGUCUCGAUGCUGCUUACCGCGAGAGGGAGAAGGAAGGUGGAAUGGUUUAUCUAUUUUUCUCAGUAAAUGGAAGUGGACAUUUCUGUGGAAUGGCUCGUAUGAUGAGCGCAGUAGAUUAUAAUUCCAAUUCUAGCGUCUGGUCGCAGGAUAAAUGGAAAGGGCAGUUUCGUGUCAAGUGGAUUUAUGUGAAGGACGUGCCGAAUGCACAGCUCCGUCAUAUAAAAUUGGAAAAUAAUGAAAAUAAACCAGUGACAAACUCGCGUGAUACUCAAGAAGUGCCCCACCCCAAAGGCCUACAGGUCUUACGCAUAAUGCACUGCUACUGUCACUCGACGUCCAUAUUCGAUGAUUUUAUUCAUUAUGAACGGCGUCAAGAAGAGGAGGAUUCGCGAAAGGUCCCCGCCCACCCGGAAAGUAGCCGGGACGAACACGAGGGCGGUCGCGGCUAUCGCAACUAUCGUGAGCAUCGCGAGCACAGGGACGGACGCGAGCACAGAGACGGGGCGAGAGAGCCGCGAGACAUGCGCGACACGCGUGAGUACCGCGAGCCGCGGGACCCGCGGGACCAACGCGACCAACGUGACCAGCGUGACCAACGUGACCAACGUGACCCGAGAGACUCGCGCGACCAUCGCGACGCACGUGAUUACCGCGAGCACCGUGACGAACGUGAGAACAGAGACUAUUCAUAUCGUGAUUCAGGUUACAGGCCUCAACAUAAGGACCGAGAUGGUUCCCGAGGUCGAGGACGUCCCCGCAAUUAAUUCUGUCAGACGAUCUUGGACGAGGACAGGCUUCUCCCCAUAGACAACUAGUAGUCGCCUUAUUAAUUGGUAAAGCAGUACAUCAAACGUAUGUCGGGAGACGUAUAUAGAGGGGAAUCAGAAAAUGCAGGAGAAGACGUGACCGGUGAAUGUUGCGUUUUAGUCAGAACAAUGUUACAUAAAGUUGUUUUAAACAGUGCAUUGCUAAAAAAAACUUUCAACAAAUUUAAAUAUGUGCUAAAUAAUGUUUUGUACUGAAUGAACAUUUAAACAAAUGCCUAGUGGACAGAUGUUGUAAUUAAAUGCCGAAGCAUGUCGUGCCGUCAGUAACGCGCCGCGGCCAGUGAAAUCGUGGACUUUAUUUUCAAAUUCGUGGACUGAAUCAAUAUAAUAUAGUAAUUUUUAUAACUAGGAAUUUCCGUGGUGAGAGGUGAUGAUCCUUUUGAUUGGGAUUGAUGUUAUGAAAUAAUAAAACUUAAAAUAGAGCACAGGCUCUAGUUUUAUAAUGGUAUAAUACCUCAUGCCUAUAUUGAUAAUGUGAAAUGUCAUCAUGACUUAUUGUAAUUUUUAUAUUACAAACAUUAUAAUCAAAUGGGGUAUGGAACUUUUGUAUACAUUUUUAAUACCAAUAUAUGGAACAAGAAUGAAUUCUCUCGUGGCAUUUAGUUCAGUUUUACUCUGGUCCGUUCAAUUUUAUGUAAUUUAACAUGAUUUCAUUAUAUCUUGUAAUAAAUGUGCAGUGCAUGGGAGACUGGUGUUUAGUUAUGGUAACUGUGACCAAUUUGCUGGCCAAAAGGGGCUGUUAUUCGAGUUUUAGAUUAUGUACUGUUCAUUGUUGAAUCAUUAAUGUUAUGUAUAUCUGUAUAUGUGUUCUUUUCAAAAGUAAUGUUCUAUUUGUAAGUAAAACUACAGUGUGACGAGAGAAACUUGACAAUCAAUAAGAUGGUUAUCGUGAUAAAUGUUAAAAGAUUAUUGCUUUUUUUGUCCCUACGUUAUUUUCCCUGCCAUAGUUUGAAAGUGCCUUGUUGAGUUCAGAAGAUGGUGAACAUCGGGUAUUUUGUUUAGUAGACUAUUUUGUAGCUAGCUACUUCUCGUUUUUGUUGAACAUUCAAAAGUAGUUUAUACUUUGCUUGAUGCAUUCAAUACUAAACGAAAACGCUGUUUUUAUUUCAAUGUUGUUUUUUUUUAUAAAUUUGUUCCUUUAUAAUUUUUAUCGUACUUUGUAGAUUCCACUACUGCAAAUUUUUACAUCUAGUAAAUGUAUUAAAAGCCUACUGUAGAAA